AUGAUAGAGUUUUUAAUUGUAAUCGCGCUGACGUUUUUGACAAUUUCUUCCUGGCUAUCACUUUUAAGGUAUACAAAAUCUUAUAAUAUACCGGGACCUAUGCCCCUGCCUGUUGUUGGAAACGCACAUUUAUUGUUUGUUAAAAGAACAGAAUUUCUUCCUCUGCUCCAUGGAUUUCAAAGGGAUUAUGGAGACGCAGUCCGAGUGCAUCUAUUCCACGACCCUUAUGUGCUGUUGUAUCAUCCAAAGUACAUUGAGCCUCUAAUAUCAAGUACGGAAUUAAUAACCAAAGGGAAAUCAUAUACCUACCUUCAUGACUGGCUUGGAUUUGGACUUCUAACAUCUACGGGUCACAGAUGGCACACGCAUAGAAAGUUCCUCACGCCCGCAUUUCAUUUUAAUAUCUUGCAAAAUUUCUUACCCGUUUUCAUCAAGAAUGAAAAGAUUUUGAUAAACAAACUCAGAAAGAGCUACUGCGACGAAAAGUCAUUCGAUCUGUUCCCCAUUAUCGCUCUCACCGCUCUAGAUAAUAUCACAGAGUCAAUAAUGGGUGUUUCAUUCAAUACGCAAGAGAAUAGUAAUUCAAAUUACGUGAAAAGUAUUGAAACGUUAAGUCAAAUCAUAUCAUUAAAAAUGCGAAAUCCAUUCGUAGCUGAAGAAGCAAUAUUUCGCCUAACGCCAUACAAAAAAUCACACGACGAAGCAAUAAAAAUAUUACACGGACACACUAAAAAAGUUCUUGCGAUACGAAAAGAGGAAUUGAAGCAAGCGAAUAUCGAUAGUCUUCCAGAAAACACGGAAUUCGGUAUAAGAAAUAAGCACGCAUUCCUCGAUUUAUUAUUGCUUUCCAAAAUUGAUGGAAAACGAAUCGAUGAAGAGGCUGUCAGAGAAGAAGUUGAUACAUUUAUGUUUGAAGGUCACGAUACUACAACAUCUGGUAUAACAUUCGCUUUGUUCUGCUUAUCGAAAUAUCAAGAUGUCCAGGAGAAGGUAUUGCAGGAGCAGAGAGAUAUUUAUGAUGACGAUCUCAGUAAGGAUCCAAUUUAUAGUGACUUACAAAAAAUGAAAUAUUUAGAAACAGUUAUUAGAGAAUCGUUGAGAUUGUAUCCUUCAGUACCACUGAUUGAACGAAUGAUUACAAAGGAUAGGGAACUGGCUGGUCUCAAAAUCAAGAAGAAUACAUCGGUUAUCAUGGACAUAUUCCACAUGCAAAGGCAUCCAGAUUUAUAUGACAAUCCCCUGGAAUUCCGGCCCGAGAGAUUCGAUUCUCCGGCUAACGCUGCAAGGAAUCCGUUUGCUUGGCUAGCAUUUAGUGCUGGACCUAGAAAUUGCAUAGGUCAAAAAUUCGCCAUGAUGGAGAUGAAAGUUGUAAUAGCGGCAGUUGUCAAGAGUUUUAAAAUACUGCCUUCCGACAUAGAGCCAGCCCUAUGUUCAGACCUUAUUUUGCGUUCUAAAAACGGAGUCAAAAUAAAAUUAAUUCCUAGAAUAAAAUAG